AAUAACUACUACUUUUAGAAUGUAGUGCGUCUAACUCUUUUAGAGCUCCACAUCUAUCCUAAUAAUAUGUCUUCCUGGUUCCCCUUCCCCUCCCAAGAGACAGUAGAAAAGGAAUUUCAACUGAGUUUCGUGAAGUUGGAUAAUAUGCUUCAUGAUUAUUAUGUUAAAAACAAAGAAAAUGAAGCCUUCGUCAAUCAGGUUCGGAGCCAUGUUUUCAGUAUGGUAAAGGCUUUUACCAACCUCGAAACUCUCGCUCAAACAGUUCACCAAGAAAAUUUAAAAUAUGAAGCAAAGCUAGUGGGUAUGAAGCACGAUCUAGCUGAAGGAAAGAAAGAUAUGGCAGUACUUGAGAAAGACAACGAGGUCAGGCUGGGGCAGCUUCACGAGGCUACGUCUGGAAACAUGCUCAGAUUUAACAAUUUAGCCGAACAGCAGCGUAUGUUAGUAGAAAGGGAAGCCUGGAUAAACGCCCAGCUGGAAGAAGCAAACAAAGAAAACAAAGAACUUCACGGUGAUCUUGUGUCCACAAUGAAGGACCUGGGAGGCUGCAAGGUUACUAUAAAGUACAUGGACAAGGAGAUAAUAGGGAGAAUACAGCAGCUGCAACUCAUGCAGCAGGGACUGGACAAGCAUCCUAACACUCUAACCUGGAACACUAUCGAGGCUGAAAUAUCUCUUAAUCGCCACAAGGCAGUGAUAUACGCCCACAGUAUGAGGAAGAAAGGAACAAUACAGAAGUGUCCGUUUAGACGAGGUCUGGUUAGGACUGUGCUAUUGCAGAGAGGAUCAGAGGGACUAGGACUUAGUAUCACGGGAGGAGCGGACCACAGAGCUCCUAUAAUAAUAUCUGCAGUUCAUCCCGGAAAACCAGCUGACAGGUUUGGAGGGUUGUAUGUUGGUGAUGCUAUCGUGGUGUGUAACAGGUCAGGAUCUCCGCACAAUGUCGCACUCAGAUGCAGUGCAGUGGCUCAGUGCCUGCGGGGACGAACUCGUUCUCAAGGUAGCGCACAUAGCAGGGUACGAUGACGAACACCACUUGGAGAAAGCCCCUAUAUUGGAGAUAGACCCCAUACCAGAAGAGCGACCGAAGUCUCAGGGUAUUCAGAAAUAUCAGGUUGGUAAGUUCCCCCGAGAGAACACACUAGGAGAGCGCAGUAGUCAGCUAAACGGAGACACUGUGAACGUGAAGGGGGCUCCUGUACUGGAGAAUGUGCUGAGUACUAGGAACACAGUUAAAAUGGUGAACGCUAACUCUAUCAGCAACAUGACUGGUACAAAUAUAACGGAGCCAGCUAAAUCGUUUGAUUAUUACUACAACGGAGGGGAGAAGGAGGAGGAGGACGUUCAAAAUACUAUUCUGAUAUCAAUGCCUCCCAACUUCACCGCCCCCACCAUCCCUCCCGGCCCUGUGUUAGAGAGCGAGGAGGUGAACCUGACUGAUACUAUUGUAACGGGGGUGCGCGCACUGGACAUCAAGAACGACAACGUGUCUUAUACUGCUGACCCAGGUGACAUUGUGUCUGAUGUGACUGUAGUGAGUAAUGGGAAGACAUCACCUCCAGCGUGUGAGGAUGUGGUUAGUGUCGGUGAGAACGGCUCUUAGUUUGGAGAGAUACUGUUUAUAAUUUAGCGAAGGUCGACUGUGUGUGUUUGGUGCAAGGACAGGUUUCUAUCUAUUAUGGAAUGGUGUCUUGUAAGAUAAGAUGUUGAGCAGAGCUAUUAUAUGACUUAUGUCGUGACUUAACAACUUGGGUGUGACUGUGAAAAGGACUGUGUUGCUAACCUAUUUAAGAAAACACCGUUCCUUAAAUGAAUAAUAUGUUAAUGCCACAUAUUUGUUUAAAAGUUUAAGUUGAUGAAUUAUAUUUGUGUUUUAUCAUUGCAAAAUGGUUAAAUUCCGAGGAAAUCUUAUUUGACGUAACUAACUUUUAAUUAUUUUUCAAACUUUAAAUUAUUUCUGCGUGAAAAUUCUUUAAAAAUGAACGAACCAGUAAAAUUGCUGAUUUGUCAAUUGUUCCGGUGUUUACAAUCUUAUAAUUAUUUUACUUUGAUGUUUUUGUGAAUUUCGUUUCGAGAAUAUUUACUGGUUUUCCCGAUGUUUUCUCUUAUUUUAGUUCUAGAACACAAUUUAAGGAUAUCAUUGCAGUAGAGUACAGUACUUUACCAGUUAGAGUGAUAUUUCUAACCAUUUCUAGUUAGUAAUAUUGGAUAUAAUUUUACUUUACAGGUAAACAAGUUCAUGAGUAUUUAGCAUGAUGUUUUCAUGUUUUUUCAGUAAUUAACUACAUUUUUCAGUAAUUAACAGUAUUUUAUCAGCGAAAAUUUUCAAUUUUUUCUUGUUUUCAACUUGUAGUCCGAAGUAAGAAAAUUAAAAAUAGGAAAGUUUUUAAUUUGGGAUUAGUGAUUAGUAUGAUACGUUUGUUAGUACUUGAUAUUGUUUACAGAUGAACUUC